AUGGGAGAUCAUACAAUUAAAAGUCAGCGACCUCGAUCUGUUCAUGAGAAAAGGGUCCCUCAGGAACAAGCUGAUGCUGCUAAAUUUAUGGCACAAACUGGUGAAUCUGGUGUGGAAGAGUGGUCCCAGUGGAGUUCAUGUUCAGUUACUUGUGGUCAAGGGUCGCAGGUGCGAACCAGAGCUUGUGUAUCACCUUACGGGACACACUGCAGCGGCCCAUUAAGAGAAUCAAGGGUUUGCAAUAACACUGCCCUCUGUCCAGUACAUGGAGUUUGGGAGGAAUGGUCACCCUGGAGUUUGUGUUCCUUUACAUGUGGUCGAGGCCAAAGAACUAGGACACGAUCAUGUAUACCUCCCCAGUAUGGGGGAAGACCAUGUGAGGGACCUGAAACUCAUCAUAAACCUUGCAAUAUUGCUCUUUGCCCAGUGUUUAUGUGUGUCAAUAUCCUCUACCAGACAUUCAGUAAAGGCUCAGAUUUUCCAUUCUUUUGGAAUGCUUCAGAAGUUGUAUUACAUAAUGUAGUUGAAGGAGUGAUCUAUCUGGGCCAGUGGCUAUUGAAACUCACGGCUAAAGAACAGCAGACCUCUAGUAUGGAUGAACGUGUUUCCAAAGUGAGGGAUGAAUUCUUGAGGGUAGAGCAAUUUAGUGUAAUGGUUAUUUCCAACAUAGAAAGGACAAUUGUCUUGCAUACGUCCUGA